UAUAGAUUCUAAUCUUGAUAGAUCUCAGUAUUUACAUUUUUUUCUAACAGUAUUUAAAGUAUUAACUAUCGAAAAAAUAGUAGUUCGUGUAAUUUUAACAUUUAUUAACAAGUUUCUUUAAAAACGUUAAAAAUGGCUGAAGGAGAAGGAUUUGAGCAGUUUGAAGAUGAUAUGGAAAAUGGAGAUAACACGCUGCUCUGCAGUGUGGGUAGAAAAAGGCUGUUCAGCAAGGAGUUACGAUGCAUGAUGUAUGGCUUUGGGGAUGAUCAAAAUCCUUACACAGAAAGUGUAGACAUAAUUGAAGAUUUAGUUAUUGAAUUUAUAACAGAAAUGACACACAAAGCCAUGGAAAUUGGUAGAACAGGUCGAGUGCAAGUUGAGGAUAUAGUGUUUUUGGUUCGUAAAGAUGCCAGAAAAUAUGCAAGGGUCAAAGAUUUGCUUACAAUGAAUGAGGAGCUUAAGAAAGCCAGAAAGGCCUUCGAUGAAGUUAAAUAUGCAGGGAAGGAAGCAGUACAGAAUUGAGAUGUGGAGAAAUUUAACAGAUAAUAUAACGUCAUUAACACCUAUGCCAUAAUAGGAUGAACCACACAAGGACAGUC